GAAUGUUCAAUUUCUCAGACAAACAGAGAGAGAGAGAGAGAGAGGGAACACUCAGCACAGCAUGAUGAUAAAGGCAUAAACGUUGGCAGGUUGGUAACGUGGAUUCAGAGGUCUUUUGGGGGAAACAAUCAACGACAACGACAGCAGAAAAAAGGAGAAGAAGACGACCCAGAAGAGCUUUCAGAACUCUCACAAGGCCUUUCAAAAAGUGGUUUUUGGAGUUUCAAAGUGAAGAGAGAAAAAAAGAAAAAAAGAAGAAGUGAUCUUUGAUUCUUGGUUACCAUGUUUUCUGUAACCGAAAUUUGAAGCAAGUCGUUACAGAAGAGAAGAGAAGAGAUAAAGAAAAAGAAAAAGAAAAACAACUCAGUAAUUAUCAUUAACUCACAUUUAACUGUCGUGUCUGGUUGGUGUUUUCUCUUUUGAGGUAAUUGAAAGUGUAAUCUAUUUGAGGAGGCUGCUUUAGUUGUUACCCUUUUGUCUUUCUUUUUUUGUGUUUUUGUUCUCUAGGUGUUUCUGUGGUACGAGGUGGUUUAAUGGCACAUCUUGGGAAUUCUCAUUCUCAACCGGAAGAAGGUAUAAGACAUGACGAUCUGUAUAAAGAGUUAUGGAAGUUGUGUGCAGGACCUUUGGUUGAUGUUCCUGUUACUGGAGACACAGUUUUCUACUUCCCUCAGGGUCACAUGGAACAAUUGCAAGCAUCAACCGAUCAGGAAUUGAACCAGGAAAUUCCCCAUUUCAAUCUCCCGUCCAAGAUUUUGUGCCGUGUUAUGAACAUUCAGUUGAUGGCGGAAAAAGAAACUGAUGAGGUUUAUGCUUGUAUCGCGUUGCUUCCGCAAUCACAUCAAACUGAGGCUCCACAUCCUGAUCCAAUUCCUUCCGAGGCUCCAAAAGAAAAGUUUCACUCAUUUUGCAAGAUAUUAACUGCCUCUGAUACUAGCACACAUGGAGGAUUUUCAGUUCUGCGGAAGCAUGCUACUGAGUGUCUGCCUCCUUUGGACAUGACCCAAGAAACCCCAACUCAGGAGUUGGUAGCUAAGGAUCUUCAUGGAGUUGAGUGGAAGUUUAAACAUAUAUACAGAGGUCAGCCAAGGAGGCACUUGCUUACAACAGGCUGGAGUACAUUUGUUGCAUCCAAAAGAUUGGUUGCUGGAGAUGCCUUUGUUUUCUUAAGGGAUGAGCACGGGCAACUGAGAGUUGGUGUUCGGCGUUUGGCUCGGCAACAGAGUUCUAUGCCUUCAUCUGUGAUAUCAAGCCAGAGCAUGCAUCUUGGACUGCUUGCCACUGCUUCCCAUGCUGUUAUGACUUGUACCAUGUUUGUGGUUUAUUACAAGCCAAGGACUAGCCAGUUUAUUGUUGAUGUGAAUAAAUAUAUGGAGGCAGUCAACAAUAACUAUUCUGUUGGCAUGCGUUUCAAGAUGAGAUUUGAGGGAGAGGACUCACCUGUGAGAAGGUUUUCUGGUACUAUUGUUGGGGUUGGGGACAUGUCUCCGGGAUGGUCCAAUUCUCAGUGGCGGACAUUGAAGAUUCAAUGGGAUGAACCGGCAAACAUUCCAAGGCCAGAGAGAGUUUCUCCUUGGGAGAUAGAGCCUUCUGUACCUUCUACUGUUUUGAAUGUCAUUCAACCAGUGGUGAAGGGCAAAAGGUCCAGGCCUGCUGAUGUUUCAUCUUCUGAUAUUAUUUCUAAUUCAACUGCUUCAGGUUUCUGUUAUCACGGGUCUUCCCAUGCUCAUGAGCUUACACAGUUAGGCGCUGCUGCUGAAGUAGUCCAAAGCAAUGAAAAUCAGGUUGUAUGCUCUAUGAGACAGAGAGACAUUAAUAGCAAUCCUAUUAAUACUAACUCUAUCAGUUCUAGUGUUCGGUUGGAAGGAAAAUGGCCUUCUUCACCACAUUUGAAUGUCACUUCUAACCUUUUCCAUGAACCCUCCAAAAACAAGAAAUCAGUGGAAGAUGGGAAAAAGACUGAGAAUCCCAUGAAUUGCUGGUUAUUUGGAGUUAAUUUGUCCCAAAACUCUAGCAAUGUUAUUACUCCUUCAGACAAAGAACUUGGAUGUCCGAGUGCAACUAUUGUUCCUAGUGGUCCCAAAGAAUCUAUUCCUGCUGCUGCAUGUGAAACUGAGAGGGUUCAGACCCCCAACCAUUCACUGUCCAACAAGGGGCAGAAGCAAAUUAUUUCUGAUGUAUCACCAAUGGAUUGGCAGAACAUGCAGGCCUGUGUACCAUCCAUGAGGACUCGGACUAAGGUGCAAAUGCAAGGUGUUGCUGUUGGUCGUGCAUUGGACUUGACCACAUUGAAUGGCUAUGAUGAUCUCAUAGAUGAGCUUGAAAAAUUGUUUGAUAUUAAAGGACAGCUGCGUCCGCAAAGCCAAUGGGCAGUUACUUUCACUGAUGAUGAAAAUGACAUGAUGCUGGUUGGUGAUGAUCCAUGGCCGGAGUUCUGCACCAUUGUGAAGAGGAUUUUCAUUUGUUUAAGGGAGGACUUAAAGAAAAUGAAAUGCAAGUUACCUGCUUCUUCAUCAGAGGUUGUAGAGACUUUGAUGAGCCCAGAUUCACUUAAUAUGGAUGAGACUCAACAAUCUCACAUGCCUUAGACAACUUAACUUUUUACCUUUUUUUGGAUUAGGGAGGGGAAGGGUAACUGAUGGUAGGGUUGCUUAAUUUUAUGGAAUUUUCUCAGCAACUGCACAAGUGUGGACUAAUAUAUAAUAUAAAAACCUCAGAAGUUUCAGUUGGAUUUUAGGUAUUUUUUUUAUUUUGUGAAUACCCUUUUUUUUUUU